AUGCAUGCCAGGGUGCCUGCCAAGGUGCCUGCCAGGGUGCCUGCCAAGGUGCCUGCCAAGGUGCCUGCCAGGGUGCCUGCCAAGGUGCCUGCCAGGCCUCCUCCAGGCCUCCUCCAGUCCUCCCCCAGGCCUCCUCCAGUCCUCCUCCAGGCCUCCUCAAGUCCUCCUCCAGGCCUCCUCCAGUCCUCCUCCAGUCCUCCUCCAGGCCUCCUCAAGUCCUCCUCCAGACCUCCUCCAGUGCAUGCCAGGGUGCCUGCCAAGGUGCCUGCCAGGGUGCCUGCCAAGGUGCCUGCCAAGGUGCCUGCCAGGGUGCCUGCCAAGGUGCCUGCCAAGGUGCCUGCCAGGGUGCCUGCCAAGGUGCCUGCCAAGGUGCCUGCCAGGCCUCCUCCAGGCCUCCUCCAGUCUUCCCCCAGGCCUCCUCCAGUCCUCCUCCAGGCCUCCUCAAGUCCUCCUCCAGGCCUCCUCCAGUCCUCCUCCAGGCCUCCUCAAGUCCUCCUCCAGGCCUCCUCCAAGGUAACGGGCGGGAUGGACGCUGUGAAGAAGCUGGGGCUGGGGGCUGAGACUGGGGUUGGGUUUAAUGAGCGCAGCCUGGGGAAAGAGUGA